CAUUGUGGGGUCUGUCAGGCUGUGGAGGUUCCAGGGCUGGGGGAUGAUCACACUGGGGGGCCAGCGGACAGGGGGGCUGUGCUGUUAUUUGCAAUAUGCCCCCAGAGUCCCCUGGAACCAGGACAGGAGGGGAGUUGCCAGAACCCAGACACAGCCUGGCUCCGCCAGCCACUGUCUCCAUUUGACCCCAGGCAGCACCUCCCGCCAUGAGCCCUUGGGAGAAGUGGCGGCACCACAGUGUGGGACCUGGGACCGACCCCACAGCCAGUGGGGCUGGAGCGGGCCCUGUCCGAUCGCCUCCCAAACACAUCACAAAAACGUGCCCUACCCUGGCUGCCAGUCUUACCACCUGCCUGCCACUUACGAACGACCUGGGCUCAGUGUCCCUGUGGCAGUGCCUGUCUCUGCUGCUGAUGAUUUUACAUGGAAAGGGGCAUCUGCCUCUGAGCCAGUGAUGGUCUGAGCCUCCUGCUAAACAGAGCCAGGCAGCUCGUCCUAGGCAGUGUGUAUGCCCAGUUUGUCACACCCCACCACCAUAUUACACAUGGGGAAAUUGAGGCACAAAAAGAGGCAGAGACUUGCCCAAGCUCAGAAUCAGGACAGAACCCAGCUCUCCUGACUCCCAGUUCCUGGCUCUACCCGUUAGAGCACAUAGCUUUUGCCUUUAGAAGGGAGGCAGCAGCACAGUUGAGCCUGAGAUGCCAGGGGAGGCAAGGAACGGCUGCAGGGGAGCCACCCAAGGCCUGGAUUAGGCUGUGCUGCCCCGAGAGUGGGGCUGUGCCAAGGGCGGUGACACAAAGAGUGGGACAGACGGGGACCGAACCCAGAACCAGCCCGCCCCAUGGAGCAGCCAGCAGGGUUGACAGCACAGCCAGCCGCAAGGGCACUCUCCCUGGCUGCCUCCCCAGCUCUCUCGGGUUUAGAGAUGGAGGUGCAGGAAGGCGCCCCUCGCCCCAGGCCGACAGCAGAGGAGCCCGGGGCUGUGGCUAAGGAGACUGAAGGGGUGGCUGGGACUGGAGCCAAGGAGGUGGCUCGGGAUGGGGAUGGGUUGGGGGAGAAGGGGAGAGCAGGGGAUGCUGGGAGUGAUGCUAUGGGGGGCGGUGAGGCUGGGAGAGCAGGGGAUGCUGGGAGCGAAGCUAAGGGGGGUGGUGAGGCCGGGAGAGCAGGGGAUGCUGGGAGCGAUGCUAUGGGGGGCGGUGAGGCUGGGAGAGCAGGGGAUGCUGGGAGUGAUGCUAAGGAGGGCGGUGAGGCCGGGAGAGCAGGGGAUGCUGGGAGCGAUGCUAAGGGGGGCAGUGAGGCAGGGGGAGCAGGGGAUGCUGGGAGCGAUGCUAUGGGGGGCGGUGAGGCCUGGAGAGCAGGGGAUGCUGGGAGCGAUGCUAAGGGGGGCAGUGAGGCAGGGGGAGCAGGGGAUGCUGGGAGCGAUGCUAUGGGGGGCGGUGAGGCUGGGAGAGCAGAGGAUGCUGAGAGCGAUGCUAAGGGGAGCGGUGAGGCCGGGAGAGCAGGGGAUGCUGGGAGCGAAGCUAAGGGAGGCGGUGAGGCUGGGAGAGCAGGGGAUGCUGGGAGCGAUGCUAAGGGGGGCGGUGAGGCCGGGAGAGCAGGGGAUGCUGGGAGCGAAGCUAAGGGGGGUGGUGAGGCCGGGAGAGCAGGGGAUGCUGGGAGUGAUGCUAAGGAGGGCGGUGAGGCUGGGAGAGCAGAGGAUGCUGGGAGCGAUGCUAAGGGGGGCGGUGAGGCCGGGAGAGCAGGGGAUGCUGGGAGCGAUGCUAAGGGGGGCUGUGAGGCCGGGAGAGCAGGGGAUGCUGGGAGCGAAGCUAAGGGGGGUGGUGAGGCCGGGAGAGCAGAGGAUGCUGGGAGCGAUGCUAAGGGGGGCGGUGAGGCAGGGGGAGCAGGGGAUUCUGGGGCUGGAGCACAGGAGAGGGAAGAUGGGGGGCAGGGGGCUAGGGCAGAGGAAAGGGAGGCAGUAGGUGGGUCUGGGCCUGAGCCCCAGGAGGGGGCUGGAGGGGCCGAGCCAGAGAAGAAACGGACUGAAGCCGAGGAGGCCAGCAGUGCCGUGGCCAGAGAGGGGCAUGGUGGGAGCACCUCAGAGGAACCACUGUCCCCAGAGAUGGGGGGCGAGGAGGAGGCAUGGGAUGAGCCUGCACCCAGCUCCCCCGGCGAGGGGCUGGCCAGCCCCACAGGGGACACUGCCUUUGGGAAGGAGACUGGGGCCCCCCAGCCGGGAGGCACCUCCCAAGGCCGAGAAGCCACUCCAGGUGGCAGCGCCAGCACUGGAGGGACAGCCCACCAGGACAGCGGACAGAGCCCUGCACCUGAAGGAGCUGUGCCCCCCAAAGAGAAGCCAAAGAGACCAGCGCUGGAUCGGAGGGAGCUGACCCGACCCCGCCUGGCACCCAGGGCCCAGUCCCGCAAGGCCCUUGUGGAGAAAUUUGGGGGGGCAGCCAGCGGCCCUGCCCCCAACAUCAAGAAGACAGGAGGUGCCAACGCCAUCAAGAACAUGCUGCUGGAGUGGUGUCGUGCCAAGACGCGCGGCUAUGAGCAUGUGGACAUCCAGAACUUCUCCUCCAGCUGGAGUAGUGGCUUGGCCUUCUGCGCCCUCAUCCACAAGUUCUUCCCUGAUGCCUUCGACUACACGGCUCUUGACCCAGCCAACCGCAGGGAGAACUUUGCCCUGGCUUUUGCCACUGCUGAGCAGCAUGCUGACUGCGCCCCACUGCUGGAAGUGGAGGACAUGGUGCGCAUGAGCUUCCCAGAUUCCAAAUGUGUCUACACCUACAUCCAGGAGCUGUACCGCAGCCUGGUGGACAAGGGGCUGGUGAAGACCAAGAAGAAAUGAGGUGGGCAGGGGGAGCAGCCAGCUGGGGAAGCAGAGAGAGUGCCCGGCAGCAUGGGUCUGUCCUGGAGCUCUCCUCAAACAUGGCAUCUCUUCUGCUUGUAAUCCUCCACGGCCAUCUCCUGCCUACCCCCUUCCCAGCCCUGCAGGAGCCCCCGGCUCAAGCGUGCAUGAGAGACCCUGGCAGAUCCAGUAAAGCAUAACUGCUCCAAGCUCAGGCAGACCAGGGCGGUUUCUUGUGGUUAGCUCGGAAAGAUCAAGGGCUCCAUCAGCAUUGGCCACAUUCCUUGGCCAGGGCGCGACAGAUGUGUCUGUGGCUGCAGCCCAGUCAGGAGCGAUGCCCAUCAGCAGCAGGAAGUCACCUCUGCCCCCUGCCAACGCCAGAUGAGCACAUUUCACCAUAGGGCUGGGGCCAGCGCUCCUCGUGGAUCCCAGCUGGCAGCGGGUGUCUGGAAUGCGUCUUUGGCUGACCGCAGUAGGGGUAGUUCUCCUGGCACUCCCAGGGUCCAUUACAACCAAGCUCCCCACACGUAGGGCUACCCCCACAGCAGCUGCCUGACUCCAAGUGACAGUGAACCAGGGCUGCCUUCCUGCUGGUGCCAAUGUGACAGCCAGCUGGGUACAAAUGAUCUUCCAAGCUCUGAAGGGCCUUGUCGAAGUGCAGGCUUCUGCUCUGGGCCUUGGCUCAGCUCUGCCAAAUCCCACAGCAGGUGCUCAGCAGAGGGCCUGGAAGUCA